AUGUCUUCGCAUCUGAAUUGGAUGAUAAUUCGUAAUAAUAAUGCAUUUCUCGUUAAGAAAACAAAUAUAAAAAAACCUUUUAGUAAGGAACCUAAUAAUUUAACCAAUCUUAAUUCCUUCAGAUACAAUGGUAUCAUACAUAAAAAAUGUGUUGGUAUCGAAGGUGGAAAAGCCCCUGAAAAAAAAGGUUUUACUGUCAUCAUGAAAAAAGCUAAAGCACAUUAUCGACCAGCAAAAUCCUGUGUUCAAAUUGAAAUGAAAUCAGGGCCGAGAAGAUCUUUAUAUAAAUUAAGAAGAUUAUUGGUUAAAAAUCGUUACAGGAUGGACCUCACAAAGGCUGCUUUGAGGAGAGCAAGUGCAGUUUUAAGAUCUCAAAGAGCUCCAAAACCUAAGAAGACAAGAGCUAAAAAAACAGAAUAG